GUCAAUUUAUUUGUAAUUGUUGUAAAAUAACUGGUACUGUAACAGCUGUGAAUAAAUUAAACAUGUUCUGGAUGUCAGAGUGCAGCACUUGUCUCUGCCACCAGGGGAGUGUCGUCCAUUAAAGGUUUUCUCCUUCAGCUGCUCCUUCCUUCCUAACCUCUGUCACGCUGUUAUUAGGCGCUCGGCCGGCUCCCGAGCCUUGACAGAAAAGCCUAACAAAAUGAAGAUCUGGGCGUCAGAGCACAUUUUCGACCACCCAUGGGAGACGGUGACCAAGGCAGCAAUGCAAAAGUACCCCAACCCCAUGAACCCCGGUGUGUUUGGUGUGGAUGUUCUGGACAGAAGCGUGGACACAGAGGGACGGUUACACAGCACACGACUGCUCAGCACAGAGUGGGGGCUCCCCUCUAUGGCCAAGUCUAUCAUCGGGGUAACAAGAACGUGCACUUAUGUUCAGGAACAUUCAGUGGUGGACCCCAAAGAGAAGAGCUUUGAGCUAAAAUCUACAAAUAUCUCCUUCACUAACCUGGUAUCUGUGGACGAGAAGUUGACGUACAAGCCACAUCCGCAGGAUCCUGAAAAGACGGUGCUGACACAAGAGGCUCUGAUCAGUGUGAAAGGUAUCAGUCUGAGCAGCUACCUCGAAGGUCUCAUGGCCAAGACCAUCUCUGUCAACGCUGGGAAGGGUCGGGAGGCAAUGGAGUGGGUCAUCAGACGAUUAAACACAGAAAUCGAGGAGUUGGCGGCAACCGCUCGUGGUACUAUACGCGCUCCAAUGGCGGCCGCUGUUGCAGACAAAUGAUCCCAGCCUCCCCCGCUGCUUUCUCCACCAUCAUGAACCGAUGGACCUCUCAGACUUCCUCUCACCUAAUCUGCCAGCACACCCUAAUAACCACAGCCCCAUCCUUUGGCCCUACGUUUGUUUGUAUGUGUGUUUGUCCCUCCUCAGCAGUCUGCGUCAACGAGUUUGAUGCUCACCGCUGCUGACAGUUUAAAAAAAAAAAACAUUGCACUUGAAGCUCAUAGGACUCGGUCUUGUGAUGUUAAAGCUCUUUUAAAAUUUACACUGUGCCUUCACAUCAUCUCAUCAAUUACUUCUUUCUCCCCUUCAUCUUGAACUUUUCAUCUCUUUUUAUUGUUUCCAAAUCCUUGCAAGCAUGUUGAAGUCAAAAUCUAAAUCCUAAAAUGAAGUCACUUUACCACUAACAUUUUCCUGGAUUAGCUGACCUUGAUUUGUACAACAGAACUGACCAAAAUAUUUAUAUUUAAAAAAAAAAAAAUCAAUGCGAACAGGCUGCAACAAAGUAUGAAAGUUAACUCUGCUUCAGUUGUCUUGUGAUAUCAAAGCUCGAGCCUUCUAUUCUCCACUGCCCUGAGUCUGUUGGUUUUUGUCCCACCUGGACUUUCUCACAGGUGGAUUUACGGCGAGCUGCAGUCCGAUCAGUUAGUAGUGAAAAGUGGCGCAGCUCAGAGGAAUCACAGUUCAGGUGAAGUCGCAAGACAGGAAAGCCAGUUUGUGGGUGUAGUUACACGGUGCUGUAACAAAUUGUAUUUGUCCAAAUCUGGUACAACCGACUUAAAAUUAGAUUUUGUGUUCCAUCUGGUGGAAGUCUACCAGCAUGGUGGACUGGUCUUCAGAUGUUCUGGUCUUGUUCUGGGUACAAAUGACUUGAUUUCUUAAAGUCUCUCUUGCCUUUGUUAGUAUUUUCUCUUAAACUAAUGAUGUGCUAUAAAGUUAAGUGUUAAAAUAUAAGAAUGUGCAAACUUGAAUAUUAACUUAUUUUCAGCAUGUGUACUUAAAUACACUUAAAAGGCAGGAAGUCCUUAAAAAGUGCACAGCUGCAAAAUAAGUGUAUGAGUACUGUGCAACAUGUAGGCAUUUGACCACGGUGUUUUGAUGUGUUGUGAACAUUCACAAGUGUUACAGGAGGAGCUCUGCAGGGUUAUGUUCAGAAUCGGUGUGCCAACAUAAAAUGGGAAGAUUAAAAUAACUACAGAUUUAAUACCCCAAAACACUUCUAUGAUCAUGAACAAACCCACUCUGUAUGCUCUGUCCAUUUAUUUUCGUACUGUCUAUAGAUGGUGUUAUUUAUAGUAUAUUAGUGAACAUUGACAAAGGCUCCUAAAUUGAUUUUAAAAUCGGUUAGCUUGUGGUAUUUUUAUGCUACAUUGCAUUAUCCCACAUUGGACUCUCUGCUACAUAGUUGACUUUGGUUCAGUUUCCCAGUUUGUUUCCUUCAUAAAGACCACAUUGAGAUGAAAACAUAACUUUAUAACUCUUCGUUCUUCCCUUUUCUUCUCGUAACAUUUAAACCGGUUUGCAAACUAAAGUUUACAUCAAUAGGGUUUGUGGUACAACGAAAGCUAAUUCAAAGUAUCUGUUAAUGGUCCUCCGAGAUGCUCAGCAGUUGGUAUCCUGCUCGACUGUGAUUGUCUCAAUUAGUUAAAUAGAUCUCAUAGUCACACCUGCUUCAUUUUAAAAAGCUAUUUCAUAAUUUAACUUAUGUUCAGCUCGUUUAAGUCCGGUCUGCUGCCUAACUGACCCAUUUGCCAGUCCGUAUCCUCAGUGUCUCGUAUGACUGGAAAGUGAUGUUUUUCUAUGGGGAACAUUUUAGGAAUAGUGGCUGUAAAUAGGCUUAUUUAUAUUUUGGUGGUGUUAACAUUCCAAGAAUGUGAACAUGUAACAGAAUCUAAAGAAUGAAAAGUUUCAAAAUAAAGAGAUGUAAUUGUUUCAUGAA